AUGGCUGACCAAUUAACUAUUAACGCUUUCUUGAUCAUCGCUGUCUUUUAUAUCAUCAUGAUGGCCGUCUCGAUUCCAGCCAACUUAUUAAUUAUUAUUGCUACUAUCACCGAUAAAAAAUUACGAUCGCCAACCAACAUGCUGGUAUGCAAUUUAUCAGUAGCUAGUUUAAUUAUUGCUACUUUACGUAUCCCUGUUAAGCUAUACGAAUUAUUGAACCCGGAUGCGAGCUUUCUCUUUCCUAACUCAACAGCUAUGUGCCAGUUUCAACAAAUUUUACCAGCUUCUUGCGUAUUAUGUAUUUCGAUAACUUUAACUACAAUUUGCGUUGAUCGUUUCAUGGCAAUUAUGUAUCCAAUGAAGCAACACUUAAAAAUGACUCUAAUUAGGUUAUAUAUCUUUUUACCUUGUAGUUGGAUCGUUGCUUUUGCUUGUUUUAUUGCUUAUGCUUCUUAUGCAACACUGUUUCCUUAUAAAGGCAAUAUUUAUUGCGUACCAGUGUAUCCAAAAGGUCAAAACGAUAUUAUUAUACAUGAAACUACCGCCAACGAAACAUAUCCUCGAACGAUUGAAGCAACCAAGAUAGCGAUAUGGAGUUUAUUUAUACCUUUUGCUUUUCUAAUCCCCUCAAUUAUCAUGAGCACACUCUAUAUCCGUCUUGUGUUACAUCUAUGGUCUGGUAAAGGUCCAAGCGAUGAAACACAUACUAUUGCACUAAGGGAUCAAAUUAAAAGGCUUAAACAAAAACGGCGCGUGAUUAAAAUCUUAAUAGCAUGCUGCACCGUUUUUAUCGCCACCAAUUUACCAUACUAUAUCAUCAUAAUGCUUUUAGAUAUGGGAUUUAUAACAGUUGCCAAUACUAGUAUUGUAGUUAAUACGCUAAUUAUGGUUAAUUUAUCUGCAAUUGCCUAUAAUCCCAUCAUUUAUGGCUAUUUUAACAAAAGUUUUCGCUACCGUGUCGAUGCUAUGAUACGCAAUAUGGUUGGCCUGACGCCUCGACGUCGUCGAACUUUCACGGUUAGUUCCAAUACAGCUACCUCACAAGCGCCUAAUAACUCUCAACGCUAUAGUCCAAGACAACCGGGCAAAACUAACCCGAAAGAAACCUAUCUAAAAACUACACCUAGAGAGCCUGCUAAAUCAUGUAUUAGAGAAAAUACCAAGCCUAAAGUAACCGAAUCAGUUAAAAAUACUGAAAGAGCAUCCAUUGAGACCACUUUAACAGAAUCUGUUUAUUCUUAUUCUAUUGAAUCAUUCAGACAUUCCAAAUAUUCUUCGGAUGUUUAA